AAUCACACCUGGGGGGAAUUUAGAAUGUCCAAUUAAUGUUGCACGUUUAUCGUAUGUUGGAGGAAACCGGAGUGCCUGGAGAAAACUCAAGUAGGCACGGGGAGAACAUGCAAAUUCUACACAGGGUUGCAAUUUGCAGGUGAGCUGGAACCUAUCCCAGCUAACCUUGUGCAAGAAGUGCGCUACAUCUCAUCCUGGACUAGUCGCCAGCCGGCACAGGGCUACGGUGGCUUGGAAGUGUAAAACAAAAACUAAAGACGAAACAUAACAACAAACAACGUCUUUUGUUUUUGUUUGGCACUUCCAAACCACCCUAGGGCAUUUAAAUGAACCCUCAUACCACAGUUUUGCUCCCGGGUGAAAACGUUCUUGUUGGUCGCCGCGUCACGUCACGCAACAAGGAAAUCGGUGCUCUGACACGCCCACGUGAGCAAGUGGUUCCGCGAGUCCAGCUGACCUGACAGCGCCAGUGAGCAAAAUGAAGUUCGCGGCUGUUUUAACCUUCCUCAGCUUGGCUGUGAUGGUCGCGAUGAUCUUCCAGACUGUGCGCCAGGAGCUGCAACUGCGCAGCUUAAACACCCGCACGGUGGCGGACCUCGCUGAGGGCAAGAAGGGAGAGAAAGUCAUCACCUUGAUGAAACCCCAAAUCAAGGCGCUCAAGACGAACCUGGCGUCGGUCAUGGGCAGGGUGGAAGAGCUCAAGAAGCGCAAAGCAGCCGCUGAAAAAGCCGUGCAGGAGCAUCAAAAGAGUUUGCAGGCAUGCGGCAAAGAGAAGGAAAAUACAGAGAGGAAGAAGAAAACUGUCAUAGAAUCAAUCAAUAAAUUCAAAGCGGAUCACGCUGAGAACAAAAGAAAAGCAGAGGAGGAAAUGCGCAACUUAAAACAACAGAUUUUGGAUCGAGACAAAGCUCUUUGCAUUUUUGCUGAUCAGAGCUUCGCAGAAGCACGGACCUUGUGCGGCAUUGAUGCUCCAGAAUAAGGACAACUAAAAACACCCGAUGCUGAGAGUGAACUUGCACAAGAAUCAUCCAGGACUGCAUUUUGUUGUGUUGCUAGUUAAUCUUAUUUUCUAUUACGAUAAAACAAUUUUUAAUGUGCCUCGAGAUUCUACAUUUUGCUUUGUCAGAUUAUCAGAUUUAUUCCGAUUUUGUGUGUGUGUGUGUGUUUGUGUUCUGUGAGACAGCAAAAUAAAGAGGCAAUAAAAAAUACAAGU